AUGAGUAAGGAUGAGAAGAUAGACUCUGCCACGCAGUCCUGCAUUGAUAACAUUCUGCUGGAUGAGAGCAAGGUAACAUCAGCUGCACUGGUGAAGCACCUGGGAAACUAUGGGUUGACAACUAAAGAACCAGAGCCAUUGGAUGGUGGCGCUGCGUUAGGAUUGAAGUUGAAAUCUGAUUCCACAAGAGAUCUCAUAUUUUCCAGAGCCAACAGGAUUCCGCAUGCAGUGUCUAAAGUAACCAAACGGGAGUUGUUCUCGAUCUGCGGAAAACUUACAGGUCAUUAUCCUGUAGCUGGAUGGUUAAAAAUAACAUGCAGCUACAUAAAGAGAAGGGAAAAUGGUACCAAUUGGAAGGAGAUUGUAGAAGAUGAAGUGGAGAAAAUGUUGAAGGAAAUGUUGAGCAGCUUGUCUAAUGAGGAUCCUGUCAAAGGCAAAUGGUCCGUGCCUAAAGCAACAAAAGGAACCGUAUGGUGUGAUGCUAGCAGUAUCGGAUAUGAUGUGUUACUUGAGGUCAAUGGCAACGUGGUAGAGGAUGCUGCAUGGCUUCGGAAAUCUUUAGAUUUUGAUCAUAUCAACGUAGCAGAGCUGGAGGCUGUGAUGAAAAGUGUAAACAUGGCCAUCAAGUGGAACAUCUCUGAAAUCGAAGUUAUCACUGAAUCAGCAACGGUGGCUGGUUGGAUCAAAACUGUUCUAUCGGAAGAGAGGAGAGUGCACACCAAAGGGCCAGCUGAGUUGAUUGUGAAGAGACGAUUAGGGAUAUUGAAAAGCCUAAUUAAUGAGUUUGGUCUGGUUAUGUCGAUCACCUUGGUUCCGACCAGAAAGAACAAAGCAGACAUUCUGACAAGAGUGCAUGAGGAGUGCUUUUAA